CCUUGUCCGAAAAGAACAGGCGAACAGGAAAAAACAAUGCAUGCAUUUUUAACGUUACGGAACAUCAUGUAGGGAGAAGACAACAGCUUAAUACCAGUAGUUAUUCGUCAAAUAACGAUGUCAUCUUGCAAACUUGUGUAUAUCAGGACGUAUGCGUUAAAAAAAAGAACUCAGUGGUUGAGUUUUAGCGGCUGGAGGAGCGAGAAAGAAGUUAUUAUUAGUUAUAGUUGAAUAGUUUAUGCCUCUGGACUGGAUCUCCAUCAAAUCUCAUCAUUUUAAAGUGCAACAGGUCGGAAGAUGGUGUCUUGGAUCAUAUCUAGGGUCAUUGUUCUUGUGUUUGGAACGCUGUUUCCUGCGUACUACUCCUUUAAAGCCGUCAAAUCCAAAAACGUCAAAGAAUAUGUGCGAUGGAUGAUGUACUGGAUCGUGUUUGCUCUUUACACAGUGGUGGAGACCAUCACAGACCUUUCUUUGGCUUGGUUUCCAGUUUAUUACGAACUGAAAAUGGCUUUCGUCUUUUGGUUGCUGUCUCCCUACACCAGAGGAGCCAGUGUCCUCUACAGGAAAUUCCUACACCCUAUGCUGGCAUCCAAGGAGAGGGAGAUUGAUGAAUAUAUCGUUCAGGCCAGAGAGAGGAGUUACGAGACCAUGGUGAAUUUUGGGCGUCAGGGUCUCACGAUUGCGGCUGCUGCUGCCGUCUCUGCUGCUGUGAAGGGACAGGGCGCCAUCAGUGAACGUCUGAGGAGUUUCAGUAUUCCAGACCUGACACAGUUACCCUCUGAACAAUCAGUGUUCUCGAACCCCAGCCGACGGGCCCUCCAGUCUGCUAACCCUAGCGCUGCUGAUUCUGAGCCAUAUAAACAAGCAGGGGAGGGGCAUGAGGAGGAAACAGAUGGAGUAUUCUCCGAAGACGAGGCGUCGGUGCAGAAGGGUCUGCGCAGAUCUCAGAGUGUGAAACUCACCCGUGCCAAAGCAGCACGCAAAGAGCCUCGCUACGGCUCUCUGAAGCUGAAACCCAGAAGGCGGCAGUUGAUUACAUCAUCCACUUUCGACCAUCCUUGAUUGUCCAAUACAAACCCACAUGGGAUCAGCAUCAAAACUGCAGUCUAAUCCUCGGUUUAAAACUGUUUAAUCCUAAACUUCGGAUUAAUGCUAAUGCUCUUUCAAAGCAGCACUAAACACAAAGCUACAAACAGACUUACAGCAUGAACAAUGACCUUUACAUUAAUUCAUUUAGUAGAUGCUUUUUCUACAGAUGAAAAUACUACAAGUAACGAUGCAGAAUAGAGAAUAUUGCAUGCAGCAUUAUUUGUUCAGAAAAAAAUACCAAAGCCUAAUAUGAGUACAGGAAGACUAAGAAUGUAUUAAAAAUGUCAUUUAAAAGUGGAUCUGAGCGCAUUUGAUCUGUAACUUGAUCUGAACCUGCCUUUGUAGAGACAUCUCUUAUUACGAAUAGCGUGGACACAGUAGCACAGAUAUACCCCUGAUGCCCUCGCUCUCCCUCCACAGGGGCAGGAGUCAAAGUCAAAGGUUGCUGUAGCGUGUGCCUUUCAGCCAGUUUUCACGGUACUGAAACGGAGCGUGAAAAAAAUGGCUAAAAAGUGCAUGUUAGCGGGGUUUUAUGUACGCAUCAGUGAUUCAGCUUGUUAAUGUUUACAUUUCUAUAGUUCGCCCAGAAUUAAACUUAUUUUAUCAUUUAUUCACCCAUAUGUCAUUCCAAACCCACAUUCCUUUUUUUUCAGUGGAAAGGAAAAGGAAUAUUUUUGAAGAAUAACCUGUACGCUCUUUUCCGUUGAUUUAAAGUGAAUGGGCAUUCGGCCUGUCAAGCAAGUACCAAAAUGACAGAUAAAGCACAUAUACUUUUUUUGUUAUAAUUUUACACUUAUGUUUUUGUUAUACUAAUUUUAUUAUAAAAGUAGUAUAACAAAAAAAAGUAAUUUUGUCAUUGAAAUGAACAGCUAUUUACUCUUAUCUGCAAUUUUACAACAGACUACUGAAGGUUUGGAAAUUGCAUGUUAUCAAACACCAUUGGAUAAUUUCAGAACUCUCAUUUAAGGGAAGAUUUACAGUAAAAUUUAAUGUUUAAAAGUAUUCAUACAGGUUUGGAAUGACAAGAUGAUUUUUCCUACAUUUUUGGGUGAACUUUGCCUUUAAAUUUUAAAUCUCUCGUGACAUUCUGGAACUGUAAUCUUAAGUUGUUUUUAUGUAACAGUAUUUUUAAAAGUGUCUUUAAAAUACAUUUCUUAAGUUUGAAUGUCUUGGGAUUGUAUUUAAAAAAACAAAAACAUUUUGUGCAAUCCAUUUUGGAGUGACGUAUGAUCAUUUUAAUAUUUGUUUGUGUACUUAGUCUGUCAUUCUAAUGUUUUUCUGCCUCCUCUAAUUUAAAUAUCAGCAUGCAUUUAUUAGCACAUCAUUUGACCAAAACAAUCCAGCUUUAACUUUGCUAAGCAUGACAGGACAGUGUAUCUGACUAGUAGACAGAAGACUGUGUUGUAAACAAUGGGAUAAUCUUUCUUUUUUGUGUGUGUGUGUGUGUGUGUGUGUUGGACAGUUAAAUGUGUAGUAAAAGCAUCCGAGGAUUUGGUUUGUUAGUGUGUUUUAUGUAAUAGAAAAAACCUGUUAAAUGGGGAUAUGUAUGCAGAUGUGUGACCAACAGCAGUGUUUAAUGUGUUAGGCUCUGGACCUAAACCAGUAAUAAGGUUUAAAACUGGAAAAGUCAUGUUUGGGACAGGUGGAAAUUUCUUUGAAGAUAAUGUGUUUUCUUGGUUUCUGUGCUUUAAGAUAUAUGGACCAGAUAUUGCUAUAAAGUCAGUGUGAAGCAUCAGUCUGUCUGUUAUGAGUCUCUUUGGUGAAAACUAAUAAAACACUAAAUAUGUUUAUGUAAA